AUGACAGACCAGGAGACACUCUUGCAGCUCUCUGGGAUCUUAGACACGUUGAUAUCCCAAGAAUCACCGGGGAAAGAUCGGGAUUCAAAUUCUAUCAACGCGUUACUGGGUUCGGUACUUGCCUCUUAUGAAAAUCGACAACUACAAACCAACUCUACUAACUUGACCGAUGAGCUCUCUGAGGCACAGAUAGUUUCGAAGAUAUUCACUGCAUUGAAAACAAUGUUUUCUAGAAAUCCCUCCUUAUUAAUAGAGGACAAUCGGCAUCUCUCUGUACUAAAAUCUGUUUUCCCCUUCUUCAAUUGUUUGAAUUGUCCGAAUCAACUGAUGGAUGAUGUUUUAUUUGCGCUCAUACAAAUUACAAUAGAUUGUUUCAAGAAGGGGUUUUUGGUAUAUAAUAGGCUUAUUUUUCAACAACGUGAUUACAUAUUGAACCACAUGGAGGAUCUGUUGUCAGAUGUUAUCAAAUCGUUCACAAACACAACUAAUAUGGAUACCUUAAUGAUAAUGGAGAACAUUGAGGACAAUUUAAUUUCAUUUGAAAGAUUUCAUAGUAUCUAUUGGGAGAAAAUUUCGAAAAUAUCAAUAGCUGUCAGAAUCAUCCAGUAUCUAGUGCAUCCUGCAAUAGAUCAGUUGUAUUUUAGCCAUCGGAAUGCAGCUUUUAGCCUGGAUUCAUUUAUCUCUAAAUGUUGGUUUUGUUUGGAGAACACAAUCAUUAAUAUCAAAUUUGUUUCCGAAAAUAAUGUGAUAAUUGAUAAGCUUGACAAUAUCUACUCUUCUCUUCUUCAGUCAACUUUCAACUAUUACUACAAUAAUCCAACUUCCCAAUUUAGCCGGCUUCAAAUGGUCAUUCAAUAUUGCCAUUUUUUGCUGAACUGGUCCUUGCUAUGUAACUUUAAGAUUUUACAAGUAGUGCUUUCACAAACAUUACUUAAAUUGGCAAUAACUCUAAAAUCAGUCAACUAUGAAGAGUAUUUGUGGCUUAAUAUCGGUUUGUCGGAGUCGUCAGUGAGAUAUUUUGAGAAAUUAAUUGGUUGUGUAUCAAAUCCAGACCUGAAACGAUGUUUGCAACUUUUAAUGGCUGCUAAAUUCCAUGAUACGGAUGAUCCUUCCCAACUAGUUUAUGUAAAAAAAAUAAGUCAAUUUAAGGAUACAGAGUUACAAUCUUUACAUGAGAGAAUGAAACUGUCUUUUGGAUUUGGAAACCUUAAGUUUAGUUUACAGACACAUGUUCUAACUACGGAUAUAAUUGAGGAUAUUCAAUCGGGCAAAGUCGAAAAAUCUAUAAAAGGAUUAAGUGAAAUCCAGUUGAUUAACACAAUCAACGCAUUGGGUGAUUAUGCGUGCUACCAUUCUGGAAAUUAUGAUAUUAAGACACAUUCAUGUAGGAUUUGUGACUCGAGCAUUAGUAUCUCCUCCGAUAUAAUGCAAAGUGUCUAUAUUCACAAGGCUAACAUGACCAAAGAUUUACAUGAGGUCUACACCAUCAUCGAUGUUCUGUUAAAAGAACAUCAGAUUCAGGUAUCUCCCAACAUAUUAAUAUCUUUACUACAUGCUCUCACUAAAAUUCUUCGGUCAUAUAGGCCACCGAGGCUUGGCGCUGACUCGACUCUACUCAAAUUUAUUGAAUUUGGAUUUACUCAUCAGCUGAGGAUUAUAAGGCUGCUAACUGUCAAACUAUUCCCAUUGAUUUUACAUGCACCUGAGGAUGAACAGUAUGAACAAGACUUUGAUACUAUUUUGUCAUUUUUGUUGAGCUUGGAACCCGAAUCUGGAAAUUACUAUUUAUUUGAAGGUACUAUUCAGGGACUAGGUGAACUUUUACUGGUUAAAUCCAUUGACAACAAGUACUACAUAGUGCUGAGUCGUUUGAUAAGGUUCAUGUCAGAUGUGGAUGAAUUCCGUUCAAACCUUGCAAUCCAUCAACUCAGGAUCGUUGCGAGAACAAAAAACAUUACACCAUGGCAAUUAGUUGAACCAUUUAUUCCACUUAUCAGUAGAGAUGUUCUCAAGAACAGAAUAGUGAGGCCUGGAUUACUUACAAACUUUUGCAUUGCUAUUGAGCUCAGUAUUCCAUUGUUUUUGGAGCGUACAUUGAAAUACACUAUUCCAUAUUUAAUUGAUUCUUACAAGGAAGACCACAUCUCUUUUAUCUCCCAAACUUUAAAGGUACCGAAGUCAGAACUUAUUGAUACUCAUUUAGACGGUAUACUGGCGUAUCUUUAUGCCACUUAUGAUCAUAUUUCCAAGACUAAACUCAUGAAAAUCCUAUCAAUAUAUGAUUCUAAAUAUAAAGGUAUGGCAUUUGAAGAAAUGCUAAAUUGUUGCAAAGGUCCAUACCUAAUAAUCCAUUUACUUGCAUAUUAUAGCUCAAAUCCUGAAACUUUCAAUAGGAUCAAGAAUGCGGUUGAAAUCAUCAGCGUCUCUCUAGGGUAUGGUCAGGAUGGGCUAGUCGCAUCGCAAAGGCUUCUCAAUAGAUGGUUAUUAAUAUUGGUGCAAGUCAUCUCAACCACCCUUAAUGACAAAAAGGGCAGCAAUCCUUUUUACAUGAAGAUCAGAGCAAUUAAAUCGAUUGGAUGCUUACUAAAUUUAUGCGAAAAAUUUGAUGCAUGUUUAGGCCAGAUAAUCAUGGCAUUGCAGCUUGCUAUUCAAGUUCCUGAUCUCAGAUUCGAGAGCUUGUUGCAUAUCAAACUAAUUGCGGAGAAAGUAGACAGAAAAUCGAUGAGGUUUGUUUUUGACUCUCUUAUAUCUCAAUUUGUACUUGAAUUUGAUGGUUUUUCAAAAAAAUGCCAGUCACUUACCACAGAAAUAAUUGUUAACCUGUUGAAAAUAUCUCCUGAGAAAGAUGUCAGCUAUAAGUUUGCAUUGAGAAGAAUACCCUCAAUGAAAAGUAUUAAUUUUCAACAUGUGUCCGAUAGAAGAUUGCUGGGUGAGUUCAGGAACAGACUGAAGAGCGACAAUUUGUGGGUAUUUGAGCAAGUAUUAAAUGAUCUGAUCCAAUAUUUAGAGAAUGGGUAUAUCAAUUAUCAAAAACUAAUCAGAGAAGAUGAACUUGUUUAUCAGGUAUUUCUAAGUAUAACUGAAUUGCUUGUCACUAAUUCUUUCAAAAAAUAUGAUCAGUUAGACUCUGAUAGUGGUUACAAAACAAAAAUUGCACUGAAGUCAGCUAGAGUUAUUUCGUUGCUAGGUAACCUUGAUCUGAUGAAAACAUCAUCUCAUAACACAAUCAAAACCUUUUCAGGAAACUAUUAUGACAAUAUUUCUAAUUUUCUACUUGUUACCAACCUACAGAAACAAAAGGGGGCAGAUUAUGACCAUUCAACAAUGGAAUUUUUGAUAUAUUUUAUCAAAAAUAUACUCGUCAGAAACUUUGUCUCAUCAGUCGAUCCUGAGGAACAAAAAUUUCUAGCUUACACUAUCCAAGAGUUUUUGGCGAUUUGCGAAAUUCCACCGCUAAUAUGGCAUAAAUUUGAUGAUUUGACCAAGAGUAUAUUGGAACCAUUAAAAUCAAGUAGAUAUAAACAGGGUAUGAAACCACGAGUUAUGGACCUUCCUAUAUACAAGUACAACAAAGAAUAUAAUGCGUGGGUUAAGGAUUUUUCGGCAAAUGUUCUUCAUAAUUGUGCAAUACUUGCAGACCAAGUUUUGAAUGCACCUGAACAAAUCUCUUCAAUAUGCACAGUCAUUCCAUUGCUCGAUGUCAGCAUUUCAAAAUUUGUUCUUCUCUAUGCUAUCUUAUUUCUGGUUAUUAUGUGUCCCGAAAGUAAUAUUGCCAAGAAAAAUAUUCAGCAGGAAUUUAUGAGCAUACUCAGCAAUGAUUUAAGCCUGGUCCAAAAUCAGGUGAUAAGGGAAGGAUUGAAGAAAUAUUUCGUUACAAUAAUUGAAAUAUUUCAAUUUUUAAAGGCCUGGAGUAGUAAAGUGAAGGAUGAAGAAGACGCAUCCAAAGCAUCAAACAAGAACAAUUCUAAAAUAAAGAGAACCGGAGUUCAAAGAAUAGGAAAGUUUUUAAAAUAUUUUCCUCAUGACAUUAUGGCUAAGAGAUGUGCAGACUGUGAUAUUUAUGAAGGCUCCAUAUUAUUUUUAGAAAAUGGUUACAAGGAUGGUAUAAUUCCCAAGGAUGUUUUUUUCUCAACGUUAAAGGACAUGUACGUUAAACUGGAAGAUUACGAUCAGUUGCAUGGUGCACUUAAAUUAUUUUCGACGAAUAGUUUGAGUGACAAGUUACUUCAGUUUAAAUUCAAUGAAGAUAUACAAAUUUCCAAUGAAUCUUUAAGGGCAAUAGCACAGUAUAAUUUUGAUGACGACCCGAAUCAAAAAGGAACAACACAGAAUGCAUCUGUUACCGAGCUUUUUGAAGUUUUAAAUAAAAACUGUGAAUAUGAACAGCUUCUCCUAAAUUUGAAAAACUACGAAGCUAAAGUAGAUGAUGGGCCAAACCAGUAUCUUAUUAAUACUGAUUGGAUUUUGCAUGGUAUUCAAGCAUCGAUUUACACAGGUGAUAUGGAUAAUCUAGAAAGGUGGUCUUACUCGAGUCAAAACUCAAAUGCUAUUGCCAUCUCUGGUUCUGAUAUGUCUAUUUUAUAUGAAAUUGCUCAAGGCUUAAUUGCCUUACAUAAGCAAGCUAUACCAUCUUGUUGUAGACAUAUUGAAAAUGCAAUUGAAUACAUUGGUUUGGCCAUUUCUAACUCACAAAAUUUUAUUCAAAAAAAAAUAUCUGACUAUAUGAUUUUGUUGCACUCUCUUUACGACUUCCAGAUAUUAGCUAAAAUGAAUAGUAGAGAUGACAAGGUGAUUCAAAUACUAAAAAAUCGACUGGACUUUUCAAAACAAGAUUAUAAAUCAGUUUGGAAAAUCCAUUCACUAAAGUCAAGCAUCUAUAAAUUACACCCAGGCAAAGACUUCCAAACGUUAUACAAAGAUUCUUUGGUUGAAGGAUGUAGAAUUUUGAGGGAAAAUGGCAAGCUACCUCAAGCAACUAGACUUAUUACCAAGGCACUUGUACUAAAUGAAAAUGAUGACAAUGUGGAAAUGACACAGGCUUCUACAAUGUUGAUGAAUGUUGAAUUCUCUAAACUAUUUUGGGCUCAGAAUGACUACGAAACCGCUUUAAAGACUUUGAAACUAGUGGUUGAUAAUCUACAUACAAAGAACCCAUAUUAUCUUGACUUUUCCCUAACUUAUCUAAACUGGAUGGACGUUUCCGCGGAAGGGAGUUCUGACGAGAUUAAGGAAAGAUAUAAUGCGUUGAUCCGUGAGCGAGUAUACGAUAAUUCUGGAGAUGUGAACUACCAGUAUGCCGUAUACCUCAAUAAGUUACUAGAGGCACAGAUUUUGGAAGAGUCUGAUGGAUCUCUUGAUUAUGCCGUUAUCAAACAGUACCUAUUGGCUGUUAGUGCAUCUAAGAAAUAUGUCCAUGAGAUUCUUCCAAAGGCUGUUACGUUAUGGCUAGACUAUUAUCAUAAAUACAUUGACAUUGAACCCACAUGCAACAUAACCAAGAAGUUGUCUGACAGUAGGCAUAAUUCUUACCAACUGAUAAAUAAGACUGUUGAGAAAAGCGUGUCCAAUCUAGGAAAAAAAUGGUAUAUUGUGCUAUCUCAAAUAAUAUCAAGAAUCACUCAUGAUGAUAAAAAUAUUACUGAACUUAUAUCCAAGGUUAUCGUAGAAUUGACCGUUAAAUACCCAUGGUUAAUACUCUAUUCUGUAUUCUCGCAGGCUAGAUCUGUGGACGAAAAAAGGAAGGCAAUAGGUACAAUGAUAUUAACCAAACUUCAAGAUAGCAGAAAUCACACCGAUAGCAAGACUCUCCAACUUCCGAAGCUCAUUGCAUCAGGUUUGAUAUUGCUUGAAUCCAUCAUGUCUGUUUGUAACACUACAAACAAAUUCAAACAUCCAAAAUCUGGAACCUUAUACAAGGAUUUAUACAAGGAUUUGGGAUUUGAUUACCCAAGGGAUUCUGAAUGCUUAGCUUUGGCAUUGCCUAUCAAGGAGAAUGUAGAUCUAUUAUACAAUCUAAAAAAUGACGUUGAUAAACAUGUCAUUUUCUACAGUAAAUUUCAUGAAAAAGUCAAAAUAUUGUUUUCUUUGCAACAGCCCAAAAGAGUAAGGGUUACGGGUACCAAUGGUGAGACAUAUUUCCUUCUUUUUAAACCCCGGGAUGAUCUCCGUAAAGACAACAAAGUCAUGGAAUUCUCUACCGUGAUGAAUGAUUUAUUAUCAAAAAAUUAUGAAACUCAGACUAGGAAUAUGCAGAUUAAAAGUUUUGCUGCCACACCAUUGAAUGAAACUACGGGUAUUAUAGAAUGGGUUCAAAAUGUAGUGACAUUAAGGCAUAUUAUUGAUGGACAAUUCAAACGUCAGAACAUAAUUAUCAACAUGAGAAACAUGAAAAACGAAUUUGGGGAUGCCAAACCUUCUGAAAAACGUGCUAUUUUUGAGUCCUAUUUAGACAAAUUUCCACCUAUAUUGGGGAAGUGGAUGAUUGAAAACUUUCCAAAUAUAUACAAAUGGUAUCGGGCAAGAGAAACGUAUACCAGAUCACUUGCUGUGAUGUCAAUUGUUGGUUAUCUUAUUGGUGUCGGUGAUAGACAUCUUGAUAACAUUAUGAUCAACAGGAAAACUGGUAUCAUUAUGCACAUAGAUUUCGACUGUAUGUUUGAAAAGGGAAAAAAGCUUAGUGUUCCUGAAAUAGUACCAUUUAGAUUGACCCCACAUUUGAUUGAGGCUAUGGGAGUUUUAGGUUACGAGGGAGCUUUCCGGAAAUCAUGUGAGUUAACUAUGUCAAUCAUAAGGGAAAACGAAAAUAUUUUGAUGAAUUUUCUGGAAAGUUUUAUUCACGAUCCCCUUAUGGAUUGGCGAAGUGGCUCCUCGGAUGGAAGAGCAUCAGAUGAUAAGGCCCUUACACGGAUUAAGAAGCAGCAAGAAAAGGUUUACAAAAUUUUAAGGAGGAAAAUCAAAGGGAUAUUAAGUAAAGAAGACGAUAAUACGGGUUAUCGUGAUAGCGGUGGGUUGUCCGUUUCUGUUAGUUUACAGGUUGAUUUGCUAAUCCAAACCGCAGUGAGCCACGAAAAUCUAUCCAAAAUGUUUUUUGGUUGGAUGCCUUACUUGUAG